AUGGCGAAAGCCGCCCCCAAAGCGCCCACCAAGACCGAAAUCUACGCCGGCAUCGCCGAGGCCACAGGCCUGACGAAGAAGCAAGUCGGCGAGGUUUUCGACGCGCUCGACGCUCAGAUCCAGAAGGCCCUCACCGGCCGUGGCGCCCCGAAGAUGUUCUCCCUCCCCGGCCUUGCCAAGAUCACUCUGCAGCACAAGCCGGCCACCAAGGAGCGUGAAGGCAUCAACCCGUUCACCGGCGAGCCCACGACCAUCAAGGCCAAGCCGGCCCGCACGGUCGUUAAGGUCCGUCCGCUGAAGAAGCUGAAGGACAUGGUCGCCUGA